AUGGAUCUUGUCUCUGCUCCACUCGAGAUCGGUCUAGCUUUUGAUACGGGAACGGAGGGUGUCUUUGCCGUGCAAGAUUAUGCGCUAGUGAAUCAAAAGUCGGUCCGUGUAGAGCGUGCAAGUGGUUCCGAUCGACGCGUAAUUUGCUCGUCCGAAACGCCAUGUGAUUUUUUCGUACAGAUUUAUCGACAGUGUUUGUCGGAUACAAAGACAAACGGGAAAUGGUACAUUGCGUCAAUGAGAUUAAUCCAUUCCGAGCAUUGUAAUUCAAGUCAACGACUCACUUCACGGCAAAUUGCCGAGUUACCGGCCUUUAUGGCAGCAGUUCAGGCUAAUUUUACCACUUCGAUCGAGUCCCUCGUGACGACGGUGCAGGCACAACACGGAGUUGUGUUGGACAAGCAAAUUCGACUUGUCUAUCGAGCCAGAGACUUGGUACGCAAAGAAAAAGCUGUAGCCAGGAGUAAUAUGCUGCCCAGUCAAGAUGCUCCGAUUCCAUUACGACAAUUUGUACGAUGUCAAGGGACGGAGAAAAAGACAUCGUUGCAACCAAAGACAAUCAACACUCGGGUAGAUUGGUGUGGACAGAUAUCCUUAUUGAGUCACUACUGA